UACAGGGAAUGAAAGACUGAGAAUUCUGGUUUAGUCUUGCUGUCUGUAGUUCUUUCAAAAUUAUAUCCUUAUCUUACUUUAGACCAUUUCAUUAAGUCGGAGAAAGCAAAAGCAAGGGAGCUGAAGGUUUGAAUGUGUAAGGGUACUAAUGUGAAGGGUACUAUGGAAAGUUCGAGUGGAUGGUUUGGAAGGGUCCUGGAUUGACAGCUGGAAGAAAGUGCGCUGGAAAUACUUUGUUUAGAUCUGCCUUGCCCCUGUGAGUGUUCCAGUUUCCUCGCUUCACGAAUGCCGCCUCGAGGGGUUAGUUUCCAUAAUGCUAGGAAUAGCUAAUAAUGAUAGUGGUUGUCUGUUUAUUCGACACCUGUUUUGCGAUAGUGCGUUGCGUGUUGAAGCGGAUGUGUGGCGUGCGUGGCGAGGGUGUGGUGGAGUGUGGCGUGUGCUGAUGGUGUGGUAGUGUGUGCAAGGUGUGGUGCAGGUGUAGAGGUGUGGCGGGGCAUGCAAGGUGUUGAAGGUGUAGGGUUGGUGGUGAUGGCGGUGGUGGUGGUGGUGUCUGGGGCGCCGCCGUCCACUCCAGGCUCCCUAAGGACUCACGGCUCAUAAAGUUACAGCCUUACUUCUCCUUCCUUCCUUCCCUCCCUCUUUCCUCCAGGGCGUCCCCGCUUUCCCUCACUCUCGCCCUCCAGAGACCACUGAGCCAAGGGCUGGAGGGGCAGCCAUUUUGCACCCUGAGGAGCCUCGCCUUCAGGAUGCCGCCCUGACCCGGGAGGAAUAAGUGAUGACGUCUAUGGCGCAGGAAAGCCACAGUAACCUGGCACCCGAGAUGGCACCACCUGCAGCGAGCGGCACCUCCGCGGCGGCCGCCGGGAUUGGCCGCAGCGCCGCGGGGGGCGGGACUAUUGAUCGCGGGCGGCCGCUGAGUGGCGGAGGGCGGCGGAAUGGCCUCAGUCGGAGAGUGGAGGCAGCUGUGAGGGCGAGGGUUGGUGUGUUGUCCCUCUGUCCGCCUGCAGUGCCGCGCCGAGGCACCAUGAAACCCGACAAGCCCACCAAGGACCGUGACAUCCUGCGGGCACACUGCGCCAGGCCCCUCAAGGCGUCCCCGCAACCCGCCGCCUCGUCCUCCUCCUCCUCCUCUUCGUCUUCUUCCAGCGGCGAGGCGUCCUCGAGUUCCCAGCCCGCGGAAGCGCCUGGUGGCGAGGCUUCUGGCGGGGAGGAGAGCCGCGGGGCGGAGAUGCGGCUGUACCUGGACAAGCUGCGGGAGCUGGUGCCCACCGUGCCGCGCAGUGGCAAGUUGUCCCGCGUGCGCCUCAUCCAUUCCGCCAUUGACUACAUCACGGACCUGCAGGAGGCCCUGGAGGCGCGUACCCGCAGGAAGCUGAGGGACAAGCAGGGGCAGGCGCCGCGCCAGCCCCUCGCCGCCCUCGCGCCGGCACAGGUGGAGACCAACACCCCGCGGGCCUCGCCCCUCUCAGAGACUUCUGCCAACAGGCUGCCCUCCACCAGCGGCAGGAUCCCGCCCACGCCCGCCGCCAUGGAGCUCGGCCGUCCCGCGACCUCCCUGCUGGGCUGUAUCCCCUCCACCAGCAGUAGCAGCAACAGCAGCAACAUCCUCGCCAACAGAAGUAGCAGUAACAGCAGUAGUAACAGCAACACCAGCAGCAACAGCAGCAGCACCAGUAGCAGUGGUAGCAGUGGUAGCAGUGGUAGCAGCAGCAGCAGCAGCAGCAGUAGCAGUGUGGGGGUGUCGUUCCUGGCCGCCGUGCCAGGGCCGCCUCAGGACCCGUGCUAGUAGUGCCCGGGAGGACAAAGACAACAGCCUGUCGCAGCCACGAAUGGACCUGCUGACGGAGGCGCUGCUGGUUCUGAUGACGCCUCCAGUGCGGCGUGUGUCUCUCCGCCGCUGUGGCGGCGGGUCCUCACCCGUGUCAGGUCCGCCUCUCCUCAUGGGGCUCCCCGCCACUUGGUUCACAGGCCAUGCAUGGCUUGGCCUGUCGUGGCUGUGCUCGUGUGUGCUGGAGUUUGUGAUACUACGCCUGCCUUGACGCCCCGAGCAGCGGCACCCUGGGGAGUGUGGCCGAACACGUGCCCCGUGGAACGAACCCCAGGGAAACGUGUCCUGGGCAUCACGCCUGACCAGCCUGACGCUACAGUCAAGGCGCCACGUGUGUAGUGUUCAGUGCCCGGAUGGCUGCGGCACACCGGGGGUUCCUGGUUCACCUGCAGCUGUGUGACGCCCGAAAGUUACCGCCCCUGGUGUUGCUGCCUCAGCAUACCCUGCAGACAGACACCUUCUGGGCCAGUGUGUGUGUGUGUGUGUGUGUGUGUGUGUGUGUGUGUGUGUGUGUGUGUGUGUGUGUGUGUAAGUAAACAAAAAUCAAGGAUCGCAGCCAGCGUGACCUGAUCUGAUCUUCAGUAUUGUCUCGGUGACCUGGUGGAGGAAGACCACUGACUAACGUGUGUGUGUGUGUGUGUGUGUGUGUGUGUGUGUGUGUGUGUGUGUGUGUGUGUGUGUGUGUGUGUGUGUGCGUGCAUGUGCGCGCCAACAUGACUGAAAAGACAAAUGUUCCUCAAGAGUCAUUCCAUUGAAAGCACUUAAAUGUGGUGGUGAAGUGUGGUGAUGACUGUGGUGGUGACAGUGCGGUGAUUGCAAGGUGGUGAUGCAAUUGUUGUGAUGUCCUGGUAUUGGUGAUGAUGGUGGAGUAAGUGAUGGUGAUGGUGGUGGUGGAAGCAGCAGAAGUAAUAACGGUAUAGGUGAUGAAAGUGGUGAUGUAUAGUGACAAUAGUGUUGGUGGUGAUGAAUGAAGCGGUGUUGUUAGUGAUAACGAGGGCACAGGUAAUGAAGGAGAUGAUGACAGUUAAAGUGACAGGUGUGAAUCAGGUGGCAGAGGUGAGGGAAGUGGCCAGGCAGGUGGUGAUGAUAAUGGUGGUGGAGGCAGUGUUGGUUUGUGCCACAGAGAAGGUCUAGAUAAGAAGAUAUGAAAACAAGGGAAGCUACAAGAAGCCAUCAGGCCUACACGUGGCAGUUCCUGUAUAACAACAUGCCUACCAAUACAGACUCAUCAUUCCCAUCCAUACAUUUGGGUAGCCUCUUAAAACACACCUGCCUUUAUCCACCUGUCAUCCCUAUCCAUAAAUUUGUCUUAUCUUUUAAAGCUCCCUAAUGACUGGACACUAAUUCAAAUAUUUACCUUAACGAACCGGUUCUCAAGAGUUCACACUGCCUUCGUUGAACACACCGAUGCAUCCACAUCCUUCAGGGUUCAUUGACUCAAGUGGCACCGCGGGGCAGACCUCGGGGACAGCUAGCUAAAAAUACGAGACUGAUUUACGUUGAUUCAUACCUUGUGGCUUCAUCUCAGUUCAGUUAAAACCAAGCCCCGUGUUCUUAAGGUGACCUAACCAGAAAAAGUGAGCUCCAAGCAGAAUAUUGUAUAACACCACUCAGUUUCAAGCGAACAGUGGACGGAAAAGGACAACAGAGGGUCAUUUCAUAAGGCAGAACAUCUAUUUAAAAAAUGUUCUGAUACUGUUUUUACAAAUAUCAAAAGAAAGAGCAAGAGUGAUAGAAAUUUAUAAGCGAAAAAUGAAAAUUAGAUAGACCAAUUACAAUCCUCGCCUUCAAAUGCAUCAGGACUAUUUUCAAAGGCCACUGAGAUGAUUGGCCAGGUUCUCAUUGGUGUUUUUUUCUCAUUAACAGUGAAUAAUUCUUGCUAGACUCACUACAAUCAUUAAAACUCCCUUGAAAAUUCCCAGUAACUUUCACUACAGUCUCUCACCAUGACUGUAUUCAAAUGGUACGCAGAUGAUAAGUCAUUAGUGCUGUUCUCAUUAACAUUGCAGAGUUCUGGUUCAACUCUCGCCGGAAUCAUGAAACGACCCUUGAAAACCAACCCCAGUAACGUCCACUACACUCGCAUAGAGAUUUAUCUAUUUUUAUUAAUUUGUUUAUUUUAUUAUUUUUCUAGGAAAGGCAAUAAUUCUUCGAGCUCUUACUUGGAGUUGUAUAUCCAGACCAACACCUGGCUGAAACUUUUAUUUAUUUAUUAGUAUCAUUUCAUUAUUUAUUUUACUCGUGAAGAAAGCCGGAUAGAGGCACCUGAAAUUAAGGGAAAGGGAGAUGGAUGGGUGGUCAUUUGCUGCUCCCAAAAAAAAUUUAAACAUUAAUAAUAAGAUUUCCAAAACAGAGGCCAGUUUGAUUUCGGAGACGUCUUGGUACAUAAGAUCAUCAGAAAAUAAGGCAAGCCGCAAGAAGCCAUCGGACCUACACGUGGCAGACCUGUUUUCACCCACCAUUCUCAUCCAUAUAACAUGUCUAGUCUUCUAAAUCUCCCUAAUGAUUUGGCAUUAACAGUUUGAUUGCUUGGUCUAUUCCAUUCAUCCACUAAUCUAUCUAAGAACCAAUCCCUUCCUAGCUCGUUUAAAUAUGACUUAAUCAAACUUGAACCCGUUGUCUUCUGUCUUAUCCUGAGUAUUAUUGAGGCAGUUCAAGUCACAGGAAGGGAGGAAAAACAGAUGGAGACAGUGAAUAUUACAUCUGUCACAUUCUAUCAUAUUCACAUCUAUCUAUCUCUCUAUCUCUCUAUCUAUCUAUCUAUUUAUCUGUCUGUCUAUCUGUCUAUUACAUCUAUCACAAGUAAUUCUUCUCUCCUGACUAUGCAAUCAGAACCAAGCGUUCAAACUUUUAGGAAAGGAGAAGAAACACAUAGACAGAGAAUUAUUAUCAUUACAUACAAAUAGAGUUGUAUAUCUAUAUCACAUGUCAGUUUUGUUUCCCGUCUGUGCAAUGAGAGCCAAGUGUCCUAACUUAUGAUGGGAAUGAAAGAGAAACAGAUACAGGCAGAGAAUUAUAUAUCUGUACCAACUGUUAAACUGUACAAUGAGAACCAAACAUAUAAACUCAUAAGAACGAAAAAAGAAAAAAAAAAAGGAUAUAAUCAGAAAAUUCUUUAUCUGUACCAAAUGUUAAUCUUGUCUCCUGACCUGCACAAUCAGAACCAGACAUC